GUUUCGAGGAGCUCCAGCAACUCUUGCAGAGCGCCAUGCAACAGGAGCUCCAUGAGGCGAUCAUGGAGCCCACAGAGCUGCUCGCCGCCUUGAGGAUGAGCGAGGCCAAGGUCGCUGAGCUCUCCGGUGAAUGGCAGGAGAAAGCGCAACAGAGUUUGCAGGCAGCCCGAGGCCGUUUGAAGGCGGCUUCCGCAGCCCGGAACUGGCGCCAGGCUCAGAAGGAGCUGGAAGCACAGUUGGAGGCAGACGAGGAUGCAGAUCUCGUGAGCUUCCAGGCAGCUUUGGAGGCGUUGACGGAGGCGCACUCACAGCUCAUGGAAGAAGGUGCUGAGUUGAAGGCCCUUGGCUUCCAGGCGGAGCUACAAGUCAAGGGACAGAUGCAGCUGGUGCUGCUGAAUGCCACAAAGAAGAAGGAAGAGGCGCUUCAGUCGCUUCGCAGCUCUUUGGCCGCCAGACAGGCCGAGCCGGACAAGGUACUUCCAGCCCUGGUCGCUGCCAAAGCCGCAGGCCUGGACCGUCAGCUCGGAGCUAUGCGUCUGGCAGAGGCGGUCACGAGGCCGCAGGAACUCUGUAGAUCACUGGACGCAGAUUCCGACGACUGCGGCCUGUGCGGCCUGGUGGUGGAGGACUUCGGGACAGCCGCCAAGGUUGUGGCAGCAGACCUGGACUCGAGUGAGCUGCUAGGUGAGUGCGCCAGGCUAGCCGAAGCCUUGGCCAGCGUGACAGAAAUGCAGCUAGAAGAUGGAAGGCAAACGUUGCAGACGUCCCUGGAGCAUUUGCGUCAACGAAGCUAUGCCCGUGCAGUGAAGGACUUUCAAAGCGCCCAUGAGGGACGCAUGGCGUUGUGGCAGCAGCGCCGGCAACGCGCCAGGGAGGAGAGCGCAAAGUACGUUCGAGACCUCACUUCGGAGGCGCAGCGUCGCUUUGCAACUGAACGCGACGCCAAGUUGGAGGAUCUUCGACAAGACUUGGGCAUUGCGCUGGCAUCCAUCUGCCAAGAUGAUGCACAGGAGACGCAAAAACGUGUUGGGAUGAUUGCUAUGGGACCACUGGAGACUUUGGAGGCGGCGCGGCAGGAAAGUACGGGCCAGGGAAAAGUCUCCCUCUCAGCCAAGCUCUUGGGUGCGACGCUGGAGGAGCCACAGGAGGCCUUGCGCGCCUUGCAGGGAGAGACCUCAGGCUUUGUGGCGACCUUGUUGAAAGACUUGCAGGUGGAGGACGCAGCUCUCAGCGCCAUAGAGAUCAGGUGCACGGCCACCAAGCUUUUCAAGAAUUCUGUUCCAGAAAAGAAAGACCUCCCCAAAAGUGGAAUUCCUGAGACAUUACUGGUAUCGGAAGGCCUAGCUCUGUCCACAAAUUCCGCGACUGGUGUGGAUUUGAUAUUCAACAGGAAUGAGGAGUUAUUGGACCAUGAGGAACAGCGCCCUGCCAUUGACGUGGAGAAGCCAGAGGUGGGCUUGUGCAUCGCUGGCGGCGGACUUAGCGCAGCUUGCGCCGCCACAGGCGCUCUCCGGGCCUUGGAAGACCUCAACUUGGCCAAGGAUUUCACGCAGCUCAGCGUGGCAGGCGGCAGCGCAUGGGCCACCGCAGCCUAUGUGUUCAGCGAUGCCAGCGCCAUGCAUCUCUUGGGAGACCGCACCGUGCCGGAGGCCUUGACCUUGGAGGUCUUAGACGCCAGGCCGGUGCCGCUGAUGCGAAGCACCGUGGAGCGGCCGGCCAGGGAGGACACACAGCCUGAGAAGGGACCCAUGAAGGUCGAGGACUUGAUCCAACGGGUGGCCGCUUUGUGGCUGAUCCCCUAUGGUCUGCACGACCGCUACUUCUUGGCCAACAGCAACAAGGAUCAUCGUCGAAUUGUGCAUCAAUACCCCAAGAUGCAGGACGAAAAGUUCCUCUUGCCCCGUACGGAUCGACCCACCUGGGUGGUUGGCGGAAGCUUGGUUGCUGAAGAGAAUCAGUUGCCCUUCCAGAUGACAGCGUCGCUCAUCACUGGGCCUGCCACCUUUGGGUCAAGGACCUACGAGCCCAUCAUCUUCCCAUUUUUCCGGGAUGUGGAGACAGACUCCUUGCACAUCUUAGGUUCGGUACAAACCUUCGCUUUCGGUGGAGUUCACGAAGAUUUGAGCCGCAUCAGUCAGACAAGCCCAGUACUCACGGCGCCGUCGGAACCCUUUACUCUGGCGGAUGUGUUGACGUUGAGUGGACUCAGCUCAGCGGCCAAGCUCUGGGGCAGCGAGCUGCAGCGCUGGCCCGUCAAGGGCACAGCUGCAAGCCCAGGUCCUGAGGUGUCCUUUUGCGAUGGCGCGUUGACGGACAACUCAGGGCUGCUGCAUCUGCUGCAGCGGAGGGUGGGCCGAAUCGUUUGGGUGGAUUUUGGAUGGGAGGGCGCAGAACGCUGCACGCCGCAGCAGAACAACAUGAAUGACAUGAUGGAGAAGUUCGGAUGUCUUCAACCAGGUAGCUUUCCUUUCGCCAAAUUUUCACAGGUCUUCCGCGAGGCGGAAGUGGCCACGAUGCUCCAGCAGCUGCAGACGCGGCGGAACCAGGGGGAACCAGGCGUGGUCCGACGGAAGCUUCGUGUGUUGCCCAACGAACGUUGGCAGAUCAAAGGAGACUUUUCCGUGGAUUUGGUGUUGAUCCACAUCGAUCGCGUGACGAAGUUCGAAGAACAUUUGCCCGAGGAGACUAGGUACGAGUUGAACUGCGGCCUUCGUGGUUCCUUCCCCAACUUCCCGUUUGUCCAACCAACCCCAGGCCCAGGUGGAGCGACCUUGACGAAUCGACAAGCGAAUCUCCUGGCGGCCUUAGUGGAGUACAACGUGCGACACGCAGCAUCCCUGAUCACCAGUCUGGUACCGGUGAGCAUGCCACCACCCACACCCACACUUGGAGAGACUCGUAGUUCCUCUAGACCUUUGAUCAGCAAUGCGCUGAGUAUGGACAUCCACAAGGUCUUCGUUCCCAGAACUUUUCGCAAUGCGAAGUUACCGCGACCGGAGCUUUUGGCUCUGGCCCGUCUCACAUCGCUCGACAUCUUCGGCCCUCGGUCAAAGUGCCGAAAAAGGGCAGCCUUCAAAGUCCUCGGCGAACGAGUUGAAAAGACGUGCCCUGUGGGGCAGGCCGUAGCCCUUGCUCCACCAGCUGAGAGUCUGCUGGGACGUUUGGUGUCUCGAAGUCUGGGCAACACCUUGGCCAAGCUCUACGAAUUGUCGACCUUCGCGGCGCCGCCCGAGGGCAAAGGGAUACUGGGUACCACUUUCGCAUGCAUCUCGCCACUCCGUGUGGCAAGAGCAAGUGGUCCAGAUGUGGCAGAUCCUGGUGCGGCUUCUUUGGGCGGCAGCGGGAGGUACGUGAAGAACCUGUGGCCUUUUGCAAGGCCAAUUGCUCAGGGCACAAAGUUGCUUCAGCAACUGUGCCAUUCUGAAACGGCAAGCCGAUGUGUGAUCCUCUCGCGUACUGCUCACCCUGGCCAAGUGACCGCAUGCCGCACGGGUGGGCUGAGGGUGUUGGCCUACUAUGAGGUGCCGACUCACAACUAUCGACAUGGAGAAGAGCUCUUGGUCAAAAUGCUGACGAGGAUGAAGCAUGAAGAAGCAAAGAAGUGCCUGGAGGCAUCAGGAACCCGGAAGCGCACUAGAGCAGAUGAUUUGCAAUUCCGCUUUGUUCAGGGACCACCUCUGUCGGACCAACUGUUGGAGCUCCGUGACGUUGCCCUUUUGGAUUCUUCAUCAUGGCGGGCAGAAGUGGACCGCUUGGUGGAUGGCUUGCACGAGAAGGUAGCCCAGCUUCUGGCAGAAGAGCUUGAAAAAUAUGGCUUGAGCUUGGUGAGCACAGAGAAAGGAAAGGCCCUUCAAGCAGAGCGAGCUUUCAGUCAGACACAAUCUGCGUGGCAAGUACCUUGCUCUUCAGCAGUCGAUCUGCUUUCUGCUUUGGCCUACUUCUUGAAUGAGCGCCAAGCCCAGGAUUUUGCAGACAAGCUUGCAGAGGUUUCCCCUGUUGCUCAGAAUGGCGCUGCCAGCUCGAUGUUUGCAUUGCUGGCGGGAUAUGCCGGACAUUGCCUUGAACACGGCAAGAAGUCACCGAAUGCUUAUUUGCGCCUGGAUCCGUCCAAGGGUGCCAAUGACAAUGUCUUGGAAUUGGUCGUGAGAACAUCCAAUCAGCACAUCGACCUACUUCAAAUGGCUCACAUGCAGGGCAUCGCUGAGAAAGCACUUAUCACAUUGAACUUUGGGGCCCCCUACAGAUUCGGGUCUGCUGAGCCCGACGGCAAGAGGAUGAAGCAACAGUCUCUAUCCUUCCCCGUCGCCGCGAAGAAUGCCGUAGCCACCGUGACCGAAGCUCCUACUAUUGCCCCACCAUUGCCUCCACAUGAGACCAAGACCAUCGAGAAGAAGGAUGUGGUCACGCCGGAGAAGAAGGAUAUGGUCAGUGUAGAGGCACUGCCCACCCCUCCCAAGGAACCAGAGGUCAAAGAGACCAAGGCGUUUUUUUCCAACGACAACGUGGCUGGCAAGAAGAUCGUGUGGAAGUUUGAGGAUGGCAAAAUGUCCAUGCGCUGCACUGAAGAUGCUGAGCAUGGAACGAAGGUCGGUGGCAUCUUCUCUUUCGCCCUCACAGAGCCCUAUGUGCACCAAGUGUCAUUGUUGGAAGGGAAGACUGCGUCGGCCUUGAUGACGGUGGCCGAAGCGAUCCAAAAGACCGGUGCCAAGAAAAUUCAGUCCCAUGGUGGGUGGUCCUCGGAGAAGCCCCCGGCGACAUUGACGGCACCGGCGGCAGCGCAAGGUUUCCAACCAAGUGACGAAGGGCAGUGCGAAUUACUCAAGAUGGCGCUGAACAUGGGACAGGUGUCUUGGCCUUCUUGCUUUGCAAUGUUUGCCUGA